GACAAGAAUGGGAAAUGGGACUUUAAUAUUAAUUUAAACACAGAACGAAAUGAAACACCUGUUACAGACAAAAUAAAAAUUUAAGAUGUUUCCUUAAUAAAAUCUUAAUUGGGCAGGUGUUUUACUAAUUUAUAAUACUUAUGGCACUAUAUUUUAUUCUUGUAAUCUUUUUAGGGAUUGAAUAGGUUUGAAUUAAAUAUUUUAGGACUUAAUAGAUUCACUUAACAGUUUAGGGACUAAAUAGACUUUGAUUUAUAUAGUUUAGAGACUUAAUAGAUUCAAUCGAUAGUUUAGGGAUUAAGUAGACAAUUUGGCAAUAGUUUAGGGGUAGAAAAUGUAAUCAACCCUAUUUCUUAAUGAUGUUAAAAUAUUACAGAGUUGUGUUUUCUUUAGACAUUUUAGAGCAAAGAUUAAUUCCCAGUUUAAUGCUGUUAUGUUUUUAGGGCUAUUUUUUUAAGAUCAAUGUUUCAAGGAAAAUGUAGCCACUAAGUGUUCCCAUAUGAAUGCUUGUUUUUGGCUUUAUGAUAAUUAUUGAUGCCUCAUGACUUUUUUUAUUUUAAAUUUCAUUAGCAAUAAAUCUUUCAUGAUGUUCUCAACUUCCUACCCCCUUAAAUCCCUAGAAUAAAAUGGUUGUCUUAUGCCAAUUUCAAGAAUUUUCAUGAAUUUUUUUGACAUAUUAUUCAAACUUGAUGAUGGAAACAGAACAGUCUUGAUCAUCACGUAUUCAAAACCAUCAAAAAGCAAUAUUAGACAUUCAAUUAGUACACUGGCUCCACCUUUUGUUCUUAGUUUUUCUAGAUGAUGCUCUCAUCUAUUGUCCACUACCUCUAUAUUUUGGUUCUUCGUUUUUAUGUUUAAAGAUCUAGCUUUAUAAUUUACGAAUGAUUUACUUAGAUGCUCUAAACUUCUAAUGAAUAAUAUUUGAAAAUAGACCCUUGCUAGAGAAAUGUUUCUUCAUCUGUGUGAAUUUUUUUUGCUACAUCUAAUUCUUAUUAAACUAAACGAUGAAGUACACAAAAUUUUGAUCUUGUUACAGCGUAGAGUCCUCAAUUACAAUUAAUUGAGGCAUCCUCAGGACUGCAAUAGUCCUUGAAAAGUGCUCCUUUCUCAAGCUUCCACCUUUUCUUUUGAUUAAUUCUUGGGCCUUGCCUUCCUAACAACUCCAAAUUACAUCUUCCAGUGAAUUUUAAUUGUCUUGUUGGCAGUAUUAAAGCACAGGCUUUUGAAAGAGCAUAAUGGCAUGUUGUAUAUACUCAUUGAAAAAGGAAACUGGCAACUAAUUAGCUGUUACUGAUCUGGUUUUACAUUAGGAGGCGAUUUCUUGUGUCCAUAAGUGAUUUUAGUUCGCCAGAUUUAUGACCUUGUGAGGGGCUGCAUUACUUUUAACUAACCUUUUCUAGAGCUGCAAUUCUAUCAUUUUGGUUAAUACCUACGGUUGGAAUGAACUCUUGCCUUUUCGUUGGACUUUAUGCAUUCACAUUUUUACUGAAUUACGUAAUUUAUUAUUAUUCAGAAACUUGGGUCAUCUGGUCAGCGAAAUGCUACAAGGUGUGGUCUUUCGUGGGUAGAAAUGUUGAAGACAAGGGAUCAGUUUAAAGAGGCUACUACUGUUUACUUUCGUAUUUCUGGUGAGGAACCCCUACAUUUGGCUGUCAUGCUGGAGCAAGCAUCUUGUUGCUACUUGUUUGCGAAACCACCAAUGUUACGCAAAUAUGGAUUCCAUCUUGUUCUUUCAGGUGAUCUAUAUAAGAAAUGUGAUCAGAUGAAGCAUGCAAUUCGCACGUACAGAGGUGCUUUAACUGUUUUUAAAGGAACUAAAUGGAGCCAUAUCAGGGAUCAUGUUCAUUUCCAUAUUGGAAAAUGGAAAACCAAACAGAAACAAAAGACACUUACAAACAGCAUCAGCAACAACAACUUCAACCAAGGCCUGCGGGACCUCCUCCACUCUGGGGAUAGACGACAUGUAAUUAGGACACGUAGGUUGGGAGUUAGAGUUGAAAACGCCUUAAACUUAGUUGAAAAAUGUGCGUUGAGGGGGCAAAAAUACGAAACAGUGCCUAAACCACUCUGGGGAUGUCACCGGCAACUUGCUCGUGACAAAUACGACCUAUUGGGACAUAUGAGAUGUAAUUAGGACACGUAUGUUGAGAGUUAGAGUAAAAAACGCCUUCAAUUUAGUCAAAAAAGUGCAUUGGGGGGCUGAAAAUGCAAGACAAUCUCGAACCACUCUGGGGAUUGCGCGGGUAGCUUCCUCAUGCCUAAUAGAACAUAUGGGGACAUAUGGACUGUGAGUGAGACACAUAGGUUGGGAAUUAGAGCUGAAAAUGCCUUCAACUUAAUUGAAAAAUCGCAGUUCGAGAGAGGGAAACUUAGGAGAAACUUGUUCGGAUAUGCAACAUAUGAUUACGACUAUAAUUAUACAAUUUUGAAAAGAUUAUAUACAUUUGAGUUUUAUGUAAUUUUCUUUUAUAAUUUGAAAUGAUAAUGUUAUUCAAUCAAUACUAAUGGUUAAUUUAUUUUUACAGAUGGCUUUUGGCGUGGAAAUGUGGAUAUUCCUUAUUUGUGUGCGGAGGACGUUGUUUUUUUAUAAUCCGUUAUUAUGUUGUCUUUUGUUUUUUGUGGAUUACUAUUGUUUGUAUAGAUAACUAUUGGCGUGGUACAAAUUAUUUUUGGCAUAUUACAUAUUACUUUUGGCAUCGUAUAGAUUACCAUUUGACAUGGUAUUGUGGAUAUUUCUUUCUUGUGUACGGAAGACAUGGUUUUUGUAUAAUCCUCGGUUUUGUAUAGAAUUAUUAUUUUAAGUUGGAUUAUGCUUGGUUUGUAUGGAAUUUCUAUUAUUUUUCAAA